ACGGUUUCAAGCCGGAUAUCUUUAUACGUCAUUUCCGUCGUUUAUGUUUGUGUGUGUGUCGUGGAAACAACUGAAAGAAGGCAAAAAUUUCCUGGUCUCAAAUGUGUCAGGCCACAAGUUGGGAUGCCCCAUUGUGGGCUAUCCCAUGAUCACCCGGCGUAGACGAACCGCCUCGGGGUCGGAACGCGAGGAAGCCCCUUCCUCACGCCCCUCCGGGGUGGUACACCCCAUACAGGGCUUUUCCUCAGGUGGGGUCACCACAGCUUCCGGUGUGCACGACCUUUCUUCUAGCAGCAGCUACGUCCAAGACAUGACUAGCAGGGAUCGCACGAGAGAGUUCAAGUCGGCUGCCAAGCUCAUGCAAGGCAGGAUGGGCAACGGCUACGUGCAGAGGAUCGGACCACAUGACAGGUCGCAACCUGGUUACGGAGAAUUCAUGCACGUUGCAAGGCAGAUAGGAAAGGACAUUGCCAACACCUUUGCCAAGUUAGAAAAACUGGCUUUAUUGGCAAAGCGAAAGACCAUAUUUGAUGACCGACCAGUAGAAAUCGAGGAGUUGACGUACAUAAUAAAGCAGGACAUCAGUAGUCUGAACAAGCAAAUUGCGCAGCUCCAAGAUGUGUCCAGAGCGAGAAACUACAGAGGCGCCAAACACAUGCAGUCGCAUUCCAAUUCCAUUGUUGUGUCAUUGCAGUCCAAGCUGGCAUCGAUGUCCAGCGAAUUCAAAAGUGUCCUCGAAGUUAGAACUCAGAACUUGAAGCACCAAAAGAGUCGACGGGAGCAGUUCUCGCAGAGCAGCUCCGUCACUACCGGACUGCCACCCUCGGCGCUGUCUGGCCACACUGGAUCUGUGCUGCUGGCGGACGAGCACGCAGCCGGGGGAAGUGACUACGCAAUCGACAUGGACGGCAGGCCACGGCAGAUGCAGGCACAGCAGAUGAUGCUAUUAGACGAACAGGAUUCCUAUUUGCAAAGCAGAGCUGACACAAUGCAGAGCAUUGAGAGCACCAUUGUGGAACUGGGCUCCAUUUUCCAGCAGCUGGCACACAUGGUCAAAGAACAGGAAGAGAUGGUGCAAAGGAUUGAUGCCAACGUAGAGGACACGUCUCUCAACGUGGAGGCCGCGCACUCUGAGAUUUUGAAAUAUUUUCAGUCAGUGACUUCCAAUCGUUGGUUGAUGGUGAAGGUGUUUGCAGUCCUCAUCAUCUUCUUCAUCAUCUUUGUUGUUUUCGUGGCGUAGGACUGGCUGUAAUUUAUGCUAAAACAGAGUUUCGUUGAAUUACAAAAAUAAAACAUUUCAUUUUAUGUCACAA